AAAGCAAAAAUCUGCGAGGCAGGAGGAGUGCCCCAGAGGAGGAGGCUGCCUGCAGCUCGCCGUAAUCUGUAAAUGAUUGCUGGGGAAGUCUGGAGGCUUCGGGCUUGAUCUGUGUUUGUUCCAAAAGAAAGCCGAGGAGGACGGUGUUAAUAAAGAGAGAUUUAGCCGAGAGCUGUGCUUGGAAUAAAGUGGGCUACAAAAAGGUCAAAUUUGAUCAGUCGGAGCAGAUUACAGGGGCUGGAGAAGGUGGUGCGGAGAACUGAGCCCGGCCUGGGAGGGACCCAGCGCGGGGUGGCCGUGGGGGUGGAGAGCGGCCGGGACGCGCCCGCGCUCACCGGCCCGGGGCGCUGCGCACAGCCGGCGCCCCCCCACCCCACCCCGCCGCCCGCCCGCCCGGCCCGCCGCGAGCCCCCUCGCCCCGCUCCCCGCCCCGGGGCCUGCGCUCGCCUCCCGCCCCUAGACCAUGGUGUCCCUAAUCUCCGACUCGGAGCCACUCAGAGCCUGGAAAGUUUGAAGAGAGACAACUACCGAGUUAGUGGGAAGACUACCAAGUAACGGCACAGCCAACAAGAUGAACGGCGCUUUGGAUCACUCAGACCAACCAGACCCAGAUGCCAUUAAGAUGUUUGUCGGACAGAUCCCCCGGUCCUGGUCGGAAAAGGAGCUGAAAGAACUUUUUGAGCCUUACGGAGCCGUCUACCAGAUCAACGUCCUCCGGGACCGGAGUCAGAACCCUCCCCAGAGUAAAGGUUGUUGUUUCGUAACAUUUUAUACAAGAAAAGCUGCACUUGAGGCCCAGAAUGCACUGCACAAUAUUAAAACUUUACCUGGGAUGCAUCAUCCCAUCCAGAUGAAACCUGCAGAUAGUGAAAAGUCCAACGCCGUGGAAGACCGAAAAUUGUUCAUAGGAAUGGUUUCGAAGAAAUGUAACGAGAACGAUAUCAGGGUGAUGUUUUCUCCAUUCGGCCAGAUAGAAGAAUGCCGGAUUCUCCGGGGGCCCGACGGGCUGAGUCGAGGCUGUGCGUUUGUCACAUUUUCUACAAGGGCAAUGGCACAGAAUGCAAUCAAAGCCAUGCAUCAGUCUCAGACCAUGGAGGGCUGCUCCUCGCCCAUCGUAGUGAAGUUCGCGGACACUCAGAAGGACAAGGAGCAAAGGCGCCUCCAGCAGCAGCUGGCCCAGCAGAUGCAACAGCUCAACACUGCCACCUGGGGGAACCUGACGGGGCUGGGCGGACUCACCCCACAGUACCUGGCGCUUCUACAGCAAGCCACCUCCUCCAGCAACCUGGGUGCGUUCAGUGGCAUUCAGCAGAUGGCUGGCAUGAAUGCUCUGCAGUUACAGAACCUGGCAACGCUGGCGGCGGCGGCGGCCGCAGCCCAGACCUCAGCCACCACCACCAAUGCAAACCCUCUGUCCACCACGAGCAGCGCCCUGGGAGCCCUCACCAGUCCCGUGGCAGCUUCAACCCCCAACUCCACUGCUGGUGCAGCCAUGAAUUCUCUGACCUCUCUCGGGACUCUGCAAGGACUGGCGGGAGCCACUGUCGGACUGAAUAAUAUUAAUGCACUAGCAGGUACCAUAAACAUUGCUCAAAUGCUCUCAGGUAUGGCGGCUCUGAAUGGAGGACUUGGCGCCACGGGCUUGACGAAUGGCACGGCGGGCACCAUGGACGCCCUCACGCAGGCCUACUCAGGGAUCCAGCAGUACGCGGCCGCGGCGCUGCCCACGCUGUACAGCCAGAGCCUGCUGCAGCAGCAGAGCGCCGCGGGCAGCCAGAAGGAAGGUCCGGAGGGUGCAAACCUCUUCAUUUACCACCUUCCGCAGGAGUUCGGAGACCAGGACAUUCUGCAGAUGUUCAUGCCUUUUGGAAACGUUAUCUCUGCUAAAGUCUUCAUUGACAAACAGACCAAUCUGAGCAAGUGCUUUGGCUUCGUUAGCUACGACAAUCCGGUGUCCGCACAAGCUGCUAUCCAGGCUAUGAACGGCUUUCAGAUUGGCAUGAAACGCUUGAAGGUCCAGCUGAAGCGCUCCAAGAAUGACAGCAAACCUUACUGAUCCCAACCCCCGAGGCUCCCUGCUCUUAUUUUAGCUUUCUUAGGGUAAGUCCCACAAGCCAGCCUGUUCUCAACAGGAAAGGCAGAGGAGGACCACAUUACCAACUUUUACCAAGAGAGACGGUUAUUUUUACAAUAAGGCCUCCAUGUCCCCUCCCCGUGGCCCCACACCCAGUUCGCCAUAAUUAAAAACUUGGGCUACCUUGUUUCUAUCGAGUAAAACUCCUUUUCCAGUUGUGCCACUGUAUUUUCCUUUGUUUUGCAAUUUGAAUCUCCUUUUACCUUUUCUGUUUUGUUCUCAUUUUUUGGCUUUUUUUUUUUUUUUUUUUUUUUAAAGAAAAACACACAUGAAUAAAUGACAUCUUGAGAGUUUAAAAGGCUAACAAAGGCUAACGUGCAAUUCUAACUCUGAGAGCCCUGGUGCCCCAGAGCACUGCCUGGAGAAUUCACCCCUCCUGCCCGCGCCCACCCCCCUAGGAGGGCGCCAACCGUUUAGAGGUUAAGGUGGUGGCAUAGCACGAGAGAGAAGCCAGGAGAAGCACUUAAAACAAUACAAACAUCUUUCCACUACAUUUGGUUUGUUUUAACAAGUAGGAUAUUAUUUUAGGGUUCAAAGAAACAUGACAUUUAUCGGUCAGAUUAUUACACUGGUUGUCUAUUUUGUUAUUGUUUUAUUUUAGUUUUUAGAAAGGAUUAAUGUAAAAAAAAAAAGAUUUAGAGAUCUGUUUCUUAAAGCUACAGGGUUUAAAAAUAAAAUAAAAAUGAGUGAAAAUACUUGAUGUUUCUUGAAAGAUAAAUUUAAUAAUAAAUAAAUAAUACAUAAAUACAUAAAUAAAAAAGAAAGCCACAGGCCUGUAAAUUUUAUUUGUAAAAAAAGCAUUUCUAUUUUUGUACAAAAUUUUUACUGCCUCAGAAAUAAUGGAAGUUAUUUAUUGCCUAUUGUUAACUUAUUGGGUACCUAAAGAGCAGUUCUCUGUGCUAGCUAGAGCCUUUUGAAGUAGUCUCUAGAGGAAUCGUUCUAGGAAUGGGCUUUUUUUCACCGUUGAACCCUAGGCCUACAGUUCAUGCUUUUCCCUCUUGUUGUUUGUAUCUGUCUGACGAUUUUGUUCGUAGCUUCCAUGAUCUAUCUAGUUUAUAGUUCGGUCGUCUGACUCUCCUCCCCCGUAUGUCACAUCCGUUGAAACUGGAUCUCCCCCCCUCCCCCCGCCUUGUCCCUCCCCAGCCCCCACCCCAAACCUCCCGGAAUCCAUCCCCUCUCCUCCUCCGGAUGGAUUCUCUUGGGGUUCCAUUGUGCUGUGGAUAAAUAUCGUAAGAAAUGCAAAUUACGGGAAUGGCUCUUAGACUCCCUGAUGACCUAAGAUUUGCAUUAGUUUUUCUCCUGCACCCUUAAGAGUGAUUUUGUUGCUGCUGCGUCGAUUCUGUGUAACUUUUUCCUCUCCCUUGUUUUCUCCCUAGACAUCUUCAUGCCCGUUAGUUCACCGUUUGCCUAGCAUGUCCCUGUGGCGUCUCAAAAAAAAAGUUUCAUCGUCCCGUCAUUGUUUCUGAUGUCUUUCUGACCUCACAUCACAUUUGGUUCUCCUACUGACCUUUGAUCUAGUUUGACCUUUGAAAUUUGCAUGUGACCUCAUCUAGCUAUGAAUUCUGGGAAGUCAAUGUGAAAAACAUUGCUGCAUUCAUGCAAGACUGAAAUUUAUUAUUAGACAAAUUAAUUAUAGAAAAAAAACCUGUGGCAAAAACGUUUCUUUCUUAUUUUUUUUUUUUCUUUUCAUAAAACAGACUUGAAAGUAUUAUACAGGGAUUGGCAUUCUUCCCGGUCACUGGUAACAAUAGCAAUAUGUGUCCAGGGACACAGAAUGUUGGUUUCUAACAGACUACUUCCAAAAACAGUUUGAGAAAAAAACUGUCUGAUUUUAAGUCUCUAGAGGUCUGUAAUAGUUUUUACAUUUUUCAGGCAGUGUAAAGUUUUUUGAUAAGGCCAUUUUAGGUGGCUCACUUUCUCAUUAAGAUAUAUAUAUAGAACCACUUUUUGUAGAUUAGUAUAAGAAAAAUAUUUACCCUGUUUUGGGGCAAAUGCUACCUAUUUGUGUCACCUUUUGCUGAACUGACUCACAGUUAGACAAUCCAUGGUUUAAUGCACAUGAAAUUACCUAUAUUUUAUACUGUUUCAAUGUACAGGAGAAAGGUUACUGUAAACUGUGUUAUGUUGGUGCUUCUGUGAAUUAAGUUGUGGUUUCAAUCAUGAGUCUUAUGGUCUUAAUGUUCUCUGUUGAUAAGACAAGUUUAGAAUUGGUUUACUUAAAGAAUUUCAAAAAAAAAAAAGUUUGCUUAAAAAAAAAAAAAUUUCAUGUGAGGGAAAAAAAAAAAAAAAACCC